AUGGAGAAGCUUAUUUCAAACUUCAAUCAAGUUCAGUCCUUGCCGGAGAAGUAUAUUUUUCCGCUGGAAAAACGACCGGGGAAGCUCCCUGUUCCUGCAUGCAAGUUCGUGCCGAUAAUAGAUAUUGAUGAAACAGCAGGUGAAAAUAGAGCUGUUAUUGCGCAGAAGAUUUUGAAGGCAAGCCAAGAGUUUGGAUUUUUUCAGGUGAUCAAUCAUGGAGUUCCUGAAGAUUUGAUGAAAGACACAAUGCGUAUCUUUAAGGAAUUCUUUGAGCUGCCUACAGAGGACAAAGCGAUCUUCUACGUAGAGAACUCAAGAUCAAACAAGAACUGUAAACUGUACCCGAGUAGCAUAAUUAAUGCCACUGAAGAUGUUCACUUAUGGCGUGACAAUUUGAAACUUAAUUGUCAUCCUCUCGAGAAAUGCAUUCUAGACUGGCCCGAAAAGCCAACUAGAUACCGACAGGUUGUUGGGAGUUAUGCAACUGAAGUGACAAAAUUGGUACCAAGAAUAUUGGAGCUGAUUUGUGUAGGACUAGGACUAGAAUCUGGGUAUUUUGAGGAUAAGCUAGGUGAAGUUACUUCACUGUCAGUUAAUCAUUACCCACCAUGCCCAGACCCAAGUUUGGCCCUGGGAUUAACUAAACAUUGCGAUCCUAAUCUCAUAACCAUUUUACUCCAAGAUGAUAUUUGUGGGCUUCAAAUCUUCAAGGAUAACGAAUGGAUUGGUGUUGAGCCUGUUCCUAAUGCAUUUGUGGUUAACAUAGGCUACCAGUUGCAGAUUCUGAGUAACAACAAGCUGAAAAGUGUUGAGCAUCGAGCUGUGACAAAUUCAAGAACUACUCGGACAAGUGCUGCCUUCUUUUUUAAUCCUAGGGAUGGCAUCAUGAUAGAACCUGCGAAAGCUCUUAUCAACGCUAGCAAUCCUCCAGUCUUUAGAGCCUUUCGGUACCAAGAAUUUCUUCGCAGCUACAUGACCAAGAACGGUAAUAAUGAUAAUGCAUUGGAGCAAUUUAAGCUUCAAGCUUGA